UAUAUUGCUGGUCGAGUAGCACUUGGCUCCCUGGGUAAAAUGUUUAUCACUACUUCUUUCGAUUCCGUGUAUGUUUUCUCUGCUGAACUUUUUCCAACUGUUGUGAGGUGAGUUAUAUUUGCAAAAGGUAAAAUUUUCAAAUGUUUUAUGGAAAAAAAUAAACGAAGAUUAGUGUCCGAAUCCGGGACAACGUCAUACUUAGAACAACGAAAUAAUUGAAGGGGACCAAAGAAGAGUAAUCACCAAAAAGAUAGCAGAAAAUUUGGCUUUGGAAUAAAGGAAGCAUACACAUCUGUUUGUUCGCUUGUUUGUUUGCUUGUUUGUUUUUUAAGGGGGGGAGGGGCAUGGAAUAGCGAUUGUCAUUAUCAUCACUAUAGUUAUCGUUAUCGUUAUCAUUGUCAUUGCCAUUGCCAUCGUCAUUGCCAUCGCCAGACUUGCCUUCGCCAUUGCCAUUGUCAUCGCUAUUGUCAUUCCUAUUGCGUAAUUGUCAUAGUCAUUGCUAUUGUCAUUGUCAUGGCCAUCACCAUUGCCAUUGUCAUUGAUAUUGUCAUUGUCAUUACUAUUGUCAUUGCCAUUGUCAUUGCAUUUCCAUCGCCAUCUUUAUCGCAAUCGCCAUUGCUAUUGCCAGUCAUUGCUAUUGUCACUGCCAUUGCCAUUGUCAUUGCUAUUGACAUUGCUAUGGUCAUUGCCAUUACCAUCGCCAUCGCAAUCACCAUUGUCAUCGUCAUUGCCAUUACCAUCGUCAUCGUCAUCGCUAUCGCCAUUGCUAUUGCCAGUCAUUGCUAUGGUCAUAUUGUCACUGCCAUUGUCAUUGCUAUUGCCAUUGCCAUCGCUAUCGCAGUCACCAUCGUAAUCGCCACUGCCAUCGCCAUCGCAAUCACCAUUGUCAUCGUCAUCGCCAUUACCAUCGUGAUCGUCAUCACUAUCGCCAUCACCAUCGCCAUUGUCAUUAUCGUUACUUAAGAAGAGGCCAUCGUCCCCGCUAAGGUAGCUAAGCAAAUUCAGGGCUGGCUAGCAGGACCAUCAGUAUCUUAAUAGUGAAUACUAUUUUUCCAACGACCUUCAUCUCUUCAAUAGAGUUGGAGGUGCUUUAAUCUAUGAUAAAUUGUUUUAGCUUUCAAUAAAUAAGUACUGUGAUUUUAGAUGCAUGUCUAGCUAAUUCCUCUAUUUUAAACGUUCAAGCGGGCCCCAGUCCCUACCACCCCGCCACAUGCCCUUUUUACGUGAGAUUAUUCUUUUUUUUUCUUUUUUCUUUAUUAAUGUGUUUAGAAACAGUGGCAUGGGAAUGGUAUCUGUAGCAAGCCGAAUCGGUGCCGCAAGUUCACCGUUUGUAGUUCAGAUGACCCGUAUUAACUCUGUGCUGCCCUUCGCUGUAAUGGGAGCCUUGUCAUUCAUUGGAGCUAUCAUGUGUUGGGUUCUUCCAGAGACCCAGGGAAGAAGAACCGCUGAAGUAAUGGAAGACAACGAAAAA